UUGGCCCUCGAAGAACGACAUUUUAAACUGUAGAAGAGGAAGGGGAAAAGAUGGGCCAUUGGGAGCGUCUCCCUGAAAAGAGCAAACCCAGCCCAGCCCUGCCUCUUUGCUACUUAGGGAGGAAUUCUGCCACGGAAGGGUUCUGGCAUCGGUGAUGAGCAAUGGGGUAUGAUGUAGCACGUUUUCAGGGGGAUGUUGAUGAAGACCUUAUAUGCCCCAUCUGCAGCGGGGUCCUGGAGGAGCCAGUUCAGGCUCCUCACUGCGAGCACGCCUUCUGCAAUGCCUGCAUCACCCAGUGGUUCUCCCAGCAGCAGACGUGCCCCGUGGACCGCAGCGUCGUGACGGUUGCCCACCUCCGCCCCGUCCCGCGGAUCAUGCGUAAUAUGCUCUCGAAGCUGCAGAUCACUUGCGACAACGCUGUUUUCGGCUGUACGGCAGUUGUGCGACUCGACAACCUGAUGUCUCACCUCAAUGACUGCGAGCACAAUCCAAAGCGCCCGGUGACUUGCGAGCAGGGAUGCGGCUUGGAAAUGCCCAAAGAUGAGCUGCCAAACCACAACUGCAUCAAGCAUUUAAGGUCCGUGGUGCAGCAGCAGCAGACGAGAAUCGCGGAGCUGGAGAAGACCUCGGCAGAGCACAAGCAUCAGCUGGCCGAGCAGAAACGGGACAUUCAGUUGCUGAAGGCCUACAUGCGCGCCAUCCGCAGCGUCAACCCCAACCUGCAGAACCUGGAGGAGACCAUCGAGUACAACGAAAUCCUGGAGUGGGUGAACUCCCUGCAGCCGGCCCGGGUGACGCGGUGGGGUGGAAUGAUCUCCACGCCGGACGCGGUGCUGCAGGCCGUCAUCAAGCGCUCGCUGGUGGAGAGCGGCUGCCCCACGUCCAUCAUCAACGAGCUGAUCGAGAACGCCCACGAGCGGAACUGGCCGCAGGGCCUGGCCACGCUGGAGACCCGCCAGAUGAACCGGCGGUACUACGAGAACUAUGUGGCCAAGCGCAUCCCCGGCAAGCAAGCCGUGGUGGUGAUGGCCUGCGAAAACCAGCACAUGGGCGAGGACAUGGUGCUAGAGCCGGGACUGGUGAUGAUAUUUGCACACGGAGUGGAGGAAAUCUAAAAGACUUUGGAAGAGAAACGCUUCGUGCUGACGAGGG